AUGGGUGGUGGACACGGCAUCCGCUCUGUCGUCUAUUACGUGAACUGGGCACCCUAUGCACGCAAUCACCAUCCUCAAGACCUCCCUGCCGAGAAUCUCACUCAUGUCCUCUAUGCCUUUGCCAAUGUCAAACCUGACAGCGGCGAGGUCUAUUUGACAGACCCUUGGUCUGAUACUGACAAGCACUACGAGGGCGAUAGUUGGAAUGACACGGGGACGAAUGUGUAUGGGUGCGUGAAGCAAUUGUUCCUCCUGAAGAAGAGAAACCGCAACCUCAAAGUACUUUUGAGUAUUGGUGGCUGGACUUACUCGGCAAACUUCGCACAGCCGGCCAGCACGUCCAGUGGCAGGAAACACUUUGCAGAGACGGCCGUCAAGCUGCUGGAAGACCUUGGAUUCGACGGUAUCGACGUCGACUGGGAGUACCCCAAGAACGAACGCGAGGCAGAUGACUUUGUCAAGCUGCUUCAGGAAACCCGGCAAGCCCUCGAUGCGGCAGCUGCCAAGCGCCACCAUGCGAGGUUUUAUCUGACCGUGGCUUGUCCUGCUGGAUCGUCCAACUUUGACAAGUUGAAGAUCGCUGAGAUGGACCGACUGCUUGACUUUUGGAACCUGAUGGCGUACGACUAUGCCGGAUCGUGGGAUCAGCGAGCGGGACACCAAGCGAAUCUAUUCCCCUCCCGAUCCCAUCCUCAGUGUACACCGUUCAGCACGGUAGCUGCCAUCGAACAUUAUACUAGGCAGGGAGUCCAUCCUUCAAAGAUUGUUCUGGGAAUGCCCUUGUAUGGUCGCGCCUUCAUAUCGACUUCUGGACCGGGGCAUUCCUUCAAUGGUGUGGGUGAAGGCAGCUGGGAGCAAGGUGUAUGGGACUACAAAGCUCUUCCAAAGCCCGACAGCACCGAACACCACGAUCGUGAGGUUGGGGCCAGCUGGAGUUACUGUCCUUCUUCGAAUACCAUGAUAAGCUAUGAUACCCCUGACGUGGUAGCUCAAAAGGCAAAUUUUGUCCGAGAUUACGGCCUAGGCGGUGGCAUGUGGUGGGAGAGUUCAGCUGACAAGCCGGUUGGAGAGGGGAGUCUGAUAGAGACAUUUCUGAGGCAGAGUGGUGGACCGAGUCGACUGGAAGAGGCCAAGAACUGCCUGGAAUAUCCCGAAAGCAAGUACGACAACUUGCGGAGCAAGUUUGAAUGA